AUGACAUCAAUUGUCUUAGCUUUUUCGGUCUGCCUUUCAUCCUUCCCAGCUUUUUUCGGUCUCUUCCUUCCCAGUUUUUUCGGUCUGCCUCUCAUCCUUCCCAUCUGCCGUUCAUGCUUCCUAGCAUUUUUCCCAUCUGCCUUUCAUCCUUCCCAGCUUUUUCGGUCUGCCUUUCAUCCUUCCCAUCUGCCUUUCAUCCUUCCCAGCUUUUCAUUGCCUUCUCCUUCCUCUUUUCCUUCCUUUCAUCCUUUUUCCCAUCUGCCUUUCAUCCUUCCCAGCUUUUUUCGGUCUGCCUCUCAUCCUUCCCAUCUUUUUCGGUCUGCCUUCCCAUCCUUUUUCGGUCUGCCGUUCAUCCUUCCCAGCUUUUUCGGUCUGCCUCUCAUCCUUCCCAGCUUUUUCGGUCUGCCUCUCAUCCUUCCCAGCUUUUUCGGUCUGCCUCUCAUCCUUCCCAUCUGCCUUUCAUCCUUCCCAGCUUCUUCGGUCUGCCUUUCAUCCUUCCCAGCUUCUUCUGCCUUCCCAGUUUUCUGCCUCUCAUCCUUCCCAGCUUUUUUUUUCAUCCUUCCCAGCUUCUUCGGUCUGCCUUUCAUCCUUCCCAUCUGGUCUUUCAUCCUUCCCAUCUGCUUUUUCGGUCUGCCUUUCAUCCUCUCAUCCUUUUUUUUUCGGUCUGCCUUCAUCCUUCCCAUCUUUUUCCGUUCAUCCUUCCCUGCUUUUUCCCAGUCUUUUUCGCCUCUCAUCCUUCCCAUCUGCCGUUCAUCCUUCCUAGCUUUUUCAGUCUGCCUCUCCUUCCUCCUUCCCAGCUUUUUUCGGUCUGCCUCUCAUCCUUCCCAUCUUUUUUUUUUGUCUGCCUUCAUCCUUCCCAGCUUUUUCGGUCUGCCUUUCAUCCUUUCCAGCUUUUUUCGGUCUGGCAUUUCAUCCUUCCCAGCUUUUUCGCUUUUUCGGUCUGCCUCUCAUCCUUCCCAGCUUUUCGGUCUGCCUCUCAUCCUUCCCAUCCUUUUCGGUCUGCCUUUCAUCCUUCCCAGCUUCUUCGGUCUGCCUUUCAUCCUUCCCAGCUUUUUCGGUCUGCCUCUCAUCCUUCCCAUCUGCCUUUCAUCCUUCCCAGCUUUUUCGGUCUGCCUCUCAUCCUUCCCAUCUGCCUUUCAUCCUUCCCAGCUUUUUCGGUCUGCCUUUCAUCCUUCCCAUUUUUCUCUGCCUUUCAUCCUUCCCAGCUUUUUCGGUCUGCCUUUCAUCCUUCCCAGCUUUUUUCGGUCUGCCUCUCAUCCUCCCCCAUCCUUCCCAUCUGCUUUUUUUCGGUCUGCCUCAUCCUUCCCAGCUUUUUUCGGUCUGCCUCUCAUCCUUCCCAUCUUUUCGGUCAUCCUUCCCAGCUUUUUUCGGUCUGCCUCUCAUCCUUCCCAGCUUCUUCGGUCUUCCUCCUCAUCCCCCAGCUUAUUCGGUCUGCCUCUCAUCCUUCCCAUCUGCCUUUCAUCCUUCCCAGCUUUUUUCGGUCUGCCUCUCAUCCUUCCCAUCUGCCUUUCUGCCUUCCCAUCCUUUUCGGUCUGCCUUCAUCCUUCCCAUCUGCCUUUCAUCCUUCCCCCAGCUUUUUCGGUCCGCCUCUCAUCCUUCCCAGCUUUUUCGGUCUGCCUCUCAUCCUUCCCAUCUGCUUUUCCUUCCCAUCUGCCUCUCAUCCUUCCCAGCUUCUUCGGUCUCCUUCCCAUCUGCCUUUCAUCCUUCCCAUUUUUUUCGGUCUUUCAUCCUUCCCAGCUUUUCCUUCCCAUCUGCCUUUCAUCCUUCCCAUUUUUCUGCCUUUCAUCCUUCCCAGCUUUUUCGGUCUCAUCCUUCCCAUCUUUUCAUCCUUCCCAUCUUCCUGCCUUCAUCCUUCCCAGCUUUUUCGAUCUGCCUUUCAUCCUUCCCAGCUUUUUUCGGUCUGCCUCUCAUCCUUCCCAUCUGCCUCUCAUCCUUCCCAUUUCAUCCUUCCCAGCUUUUUCGGUCUGCCUCUCAUCCUUCCCAUCUUUUUUCCUUCCCAUCUGCCUUUCAUCCUUCCCAUCUUAUUCCGUUCAUCCUUCCCAUCUGCUUUUCCUUUCAGUCUUUUCCUUUCAUCCUUCCCAGCUUUUUUCGGUCUGCCUCUCAUCCUUCCCAUCUGCCUUUCAUCCUUCCCAUCUGCUUUUUCCCAGCUUUUUCGGUCUGCCUCUCAUCCUUCCCAUCUGCCUUUCAUCCUUCCCAUCUGCCUUUCAUCCUUCCCAGCUUUUUUCGGUCUGCCUCUCAUCCUUCCCAUCUGCCUCUCAUCCUUCCCAGCUUUUUCGGUCUGCCUCUCAUCCUUCCCAUCCUUCCCAUCUGCCUUUCAUCCUUUCCAGCUUUUUCGGUCUCCUUUCUUUUUCGGUCUGCCUCAUCCUUCCCAGCUUUUUCUUCUGUCCCAUCUGCCUUUCAUCCUUCCCAUCUGCCUCAUCCUUCAUCCUUCCCAGCUUUUUCCCAUCUGCCUUUCAUCCUUCCCAUCUGCCUUCCUUCCCCCAGCUUUUUCGGUCUGCCUCUCAUCCUUCCCAUCUGCCUUUCAUCCUUCCCAUCUGCCUCAUCCUUCCCAGCUUUUUCGGUCUGCCUUUUCCCAUCCCUUUCAUCCUUUCCAGCUUUUUUCGGUCUGCCUCUCAUCCUUUCCAGCUUUUUCUCUGCCUUUCAUCCUUCCCAGCUUCUUCGGUCUGCCUCUCAUCCUUUCCAGCUUUUUCGGUCUGCCUUUCAUCCUUCCCAGCUUUUUCGGUCUGCCUCUCAUCCUUCCCAUCUGCCUUUCAUCCUUCCCAGCUUUUUCGGUCUGCCUCUCAUCCUUCCCAGCUUUUCGGUCUGCCUCUCAUCCUUCCCAGCUUUUUCGGUCUGCCUUUCAUCCUUCCCAGCUUUUUCGGUCUGCCUUUCAUCCUUCCCAGCUUUUUCGGUCUGCCUCUCCCAUCCUUUUCAUCCUUCCCUUUUCCAGCUUUUUUCGGUCUGCCUUUCAUCCUUCCCAGCUUUUCGGUCUGCCUUUCAUCCUUUUUUUUCAUCUGCCUUUCAUCCUUCCCAGCUUUUUCGGUCUGCCUCUCAUCCUUCCCAGCUUUUUCGGUCUGCCUUUCAUCCUUCCCAGCUUUUUCGGUCUGCCUCUCAUCCUUCCCAGCUUUUUCGGUCUGCCUUUCAUCCUUCCCAGUUUUUCCUCUUUCAUCCUUCCCAGCUUUUUCAUCUGCUUUUCAUCCUUCCCAGCUUUUUUCGGUCUGCCUUUCAUCCUUCCCAUCGGUCUGCCUUUCAUCCUUCCCAUUCUUCUGCCUUUCAUCCUUCCCAGCUUUUCGGUCUGCCUCUCAUCCUUCCCAGCUUUUUCGGUCUGCCUCUCAUCCUUCCCAGCUUUUUUUCGGUCUUUCAUCCUUCCCAUCCUUCCCAGCUUUUUCGGUCUGCCUCUCAUCCUUCCCAUCUGCCUUUCAUCCUUCCCAGCUUUUUUCGGUCUGCCUCUCAUCCUUCCCUUUUUCGGUCUGCCUUUCAUCCUUCCCAUCUGCCUUUCAUCCUUCCCUUCAUCUGCCUCUCAUCCUUCCCAGCUUUUUUUUUCAGUCUGCCUCUCAUCCUUCCCAUCUGCCUUUCAUCCUUCCCAGCUUUUUCGGUCUGCCUUCAUCCAUCCUUCCCGGUCUGCCCUUCAUCCUUCCCAUCUGCCUUUCAUCCUUCCCAGCUUUUUCGGUCUGCCUUUCAUCCUUCCCAGCUUUUUCGGUCUGCCUCUCAUCCUUCCCAUCUGCCUUUCAUCCUUCCCAGCUUUUUCGGUCUGCCUCUCAUCCUUCCCAGCUUUUUCGGUCUGCCUCUCAUCCUUCCCAGCUUUUUUCGGUCUGCCUCUCAUCCUUCCCAUCUUUCAUCCUUCCCAUCUGCCUCUCAUCCUUCCCAGCUUUUCGGUCUGCCUCUCAUCCUUCCCAUCUGCCUCAUCCUUCCCAUCUGCCUUUCAUCCUUCCCAGCUUCUUCGGUCUGCCUCUCAUCCUUCCCAUCUGCCUUUCAUCCUUUCCAGCUUUUUUUGGUCUGCCUCUCAUCCUUUCCCCAGCUUUUUUUCGGUUCCUCUCUGCCCAUCUCCUUCCUUCCCCUUCCCAUUUUUCUCUGCCUUUCAUCCCCAUUCCCUUCCCAUCUUUUUUUUCGGUCUGCCUCUCAUCCUUCCCAUCUGCCUUUCAUCCUUCCCAUCUGCCUUUUCCUUCCCAGGUCUGCCUCUCAUCCUUCCCAUCUCAUCCUUUCCAGCCUUUCAUCCUUUCCAGCUUUUUUUUCGGUCUGCCUUUCAUCCUUCCCAGCUUUUCGGUCUGCCUCUCAUCCUUUCCAGCUUUUUUUUCGGUCUGCCUUUCAUCCUUCCCAGCUUUUUCGGUCUGCCUCUCAUCCUUCCCAUCUGCCGUUUCCUUCCUAGGUCUGCCUCAUCCUUCCCAUCUGCCUUUCAUCCUUCCCAGCUUUUUUUCGGUCUGCCUUUCAUCCUUCCCAUUUUUCUCUGCCUUUCAUCCUUCCCAUCUUUUUCCCUCUCAUCCUUCCCAGCUUUUCGGUCUGCCUUUCAUCCUUCCCAGCUUUUUUCGGUCUGCCUUUCAUCCUUCCCAGCUUUUCGGUCUGCCUUUCAUCCUUCCCAGCUUUUUUCGGUCUGCCUUUCAUCCUUCCCAGCUUUUUCAGUCUGCCUUUCAUCCUUCCCAGCUUUUUCCUCUGCCUUUCAUCCUUCCCAUCUUCUUCGGUCUGCCUUUCAUCCUUCCCAGCUUCUUCGGUCUGCCUUUCAUCCUUCCCAUCUGCCUUUCAUCCUUCCCUGCCUUUCAUUUUCCCAGCUUUUUUCGGUCUGCCUCUCAUCCUUCCCAUCUGCCUUUAAUCCUUCCCAGCUUUUUCGGUCUGCCUCCUCCCAUCCCUUUCAUCCUUCCCAGCUUUUUCGGUCUGCCUCUCAUCCUUCCCAGCUUUUUCGGUCUGCCUCUCAUCCUUCCCAUCUGCCUUUCAUCCUUCCCAUCUGCCUCUCAUCCUUCCCAGCUUUUUCGGUCUGCCUCUCAUCCUUCCCAUCUGCCUUUCAUCCUUCCCAGCUUUUUCGGUCUGCCCUUCAUCCAUCCCAGCUUUUUCUCUGCCUUUCAUCCUUCCCAUCUGCCUUUCAUCCUUCCCAGUUUUCUGGUCCUUUCAUCCUUCCCAGCUUUUUUCGGUCUGCCUUUCAUCCUUCCCAUCUGCCUUUUCCUUCCCAGUUCUUUUCCUGCCUUCAUCCUUCCCAGCUUUUUUCGAUCUGCCUUUCAUCCUUCCCAUUUUUUUCGGUCUGCCUUUCAUCCUUCCCAUCUGCCUCUCAUCCUUCCCAUCUGCCUCUCAUCCUUCCCAGCUUUUUCGGUCUGCCUCUCAUCCUUCCCAUCUGCCUUUCAUCCUUCCCAUCUGCCUUUCAUCCUUCCCAGCUUAUUCGGUCUGCCUCUCAUCCUUCCCAUCUGCCUUUCAUCCUUUCCAGCUUUUUCGGUCUGCCUCUCAUCCUUUCCAGCUUUUUCGGUCUGCCUCUCAUCCUUCCCAUCUGCCUUCAUCCUUCCCAUCUGCCUCUCCUUCCCAGCUUUUUUCGGUCUGCCUCAUCCUUCCCAUCUGCCUUUCAUCCUUCCCAUCUGCCUCUCAUCCUUCCCAGCUUUUUCGGUCUGCCUCUCAUCCUCCCAUCUGCCUUCAUCCUUCCCAUCUGCAUCCUUUCCCAGCUUUUUCGGUCUGCCUCUCAUCCUUUUUCGGUCUGCAGCUUUCCUUCCAUCUGCCUUUCAUCCUUUCCCCAUCUGCCUCUCAUCCUUCCCAUCUCUGCCUCUCAUCCUUCCCAGCUUUUUCGGUCUGCCUCUCAUCCUUCCCAUCUGCCUUUCAUCUGCCUUCCCAUCUGCCUCUCAUCCUUCCCAUCUGCCUCCCAUCCUUCCCAGCUUUUCGGUCUGCCUCUCAUCCUUCCCAUCUGCCUUUCAUCCUUCCCAUCUGCCUCUCAUCCUUCCCAGCUUUUUCGGUCUGCCUCUCAUCCUUCCCAUCUGCCUUUCAUCCUUUCCAGCUUUUUCGGUCUGCCUUUCAUCCUUUCCAGCUUUUUCGGUCUGCCUUUCAUCCUUUCCAUCUUUUCAUCCUUCCCAGCUUUUUUCGGUCUGCCUUUCAUCCUUCUCCAGCUUUUUUCGGUCUGCUUCUCAUCCUUCCCAUCUGCCUUUCAUCCUUCCCAGCUUUUUCGGUCUGCCUUUCAUCCUUCCCAUCUGCCUUUCAUCCUUCCCAGCUUUUUCGGUCUGCCUUUCAUCCUUCCCAUCUGCCUUUCAUCCUUCCCAGCUUUUUCGGUCUGCCUUUCAUCCUUCCAUCUGCCUUUCAUCCUUCCCAGCUUUUUCGGUCUGCCUUUCAUCCUUCCCAUCUGCCUUUCAUCCUUCCCAGCUUUUUCGUUCUGCCUUUCAUCCUUCCCAGCUUUUUCGGUCUGCCUUUCAUCCUUCCCAUCUGCCUUUCAUCCUUCCCAGCUUUUUCGAUCUGCCUUUCAUCCUUCCCAGCUUUUUCAUAGUUUUCUUUUUCUUUCAUUCUGUUCAGGUGGUGAGAACCGAUUUAUUCAUAUUAAUAAUGCAAAUCACAGCGACCCGCCUACAAAGAACCUUAUCACAUGAUAUUUGCAAGAUGGCGUUAUCUGUGUCCUAUCAUUAA